UCAGAGAGAGAGAGAAAAGGAGGAAGCGUCAGAGAGAGAGAGAGAGAGCGAGCAGUGCAGCAGCAGCUCGUGCACUCGGCGGAAGAACAACGCGACGAAAACUCAACGAGAAACUAAACAACCACAAACUCUGACCUGCUCCAUUCAGACAACACAACGACAACUCAACAACAACACAACAACAACACAACAGCAGCUACACAACAACAGUAACGGCACUCGACAGACGAAGGCUCGGGCUCGGACACCUGCUGUCGGUCGCUCGGUGAAAGUGAAGAGGAAACACAGCCCGGUGCUCGGCAGGUGUCAGCGGGAGGAUGGCGGACUCGGCGGCGGCCAACAGUGACGGGGAGGACGGACCCCAGCAGCCCUUGCGGGGCUUCGCGCGCCAGGGAGCCCUCCGCCAGAAGAACGUGCACGAGGUGAAGGACCACAAAUUCAUCGCGCGCUUCUUCAAGCAGCCCACGUUCUGCAGCCACUGCACGGACUUCAUCUGGGGUUUUGGCAAGCAGGGAUUCCAGUGUCAGGUGUGUUGUUUCGUGGUUCACAAGCGCUGCCAUGAGUUUGUCACUUUCUCCUGUCCAGGAGCUGAUAAAGGACCUGCGUCAGAUGACCCGAGAGCAAAGCACAAGUUUAAGAUCCACACCUACUCCAGCCCGACCUUCUGUGACCACUGUGGCUCUCUGCUCUACGGCCUCAUACAUCAGGGCAUGAGAUGUGACCAUUGCAUGAUGAACAUCCAUAAGCGAUGUGUGGCCAAUGUGCCGAGCCUGUGUGGGACAGACCACACCGAGAGGAGAGGUCGCAUCCAGAUCACCGCUGAGGUCAAGACUAAUGUACUCACCGUUACCAUCCAAGAGGCCAGGAAUCUGGUUCCCAUGGACCCCAACGGACUCUCAGACCCUUACGUGAAGCUCAAACUGAUUCCAGACCCCCGCAGCGAGAGUAAACAGAAGACCAAGACCAUAAAGUGCUGCCUGAACCCCACCUGGAAUGAGACCUUUAAAUUCCACCUGAAGGAGUACGAUAAGGACCGCCGUCUGUCGGUGGAGAUAUGGGACUGGGACCUGACCAGUCGCAACGACUUCAUGGGAUCGCUGUCCUUUGGCAUCUCGGAGCUCCAGAAGCAAGGAGUGGAUGGAUGGUUCAAGUUGCUCUCUCAGGAAGAAGGCGAGUACUUCAACGUCCCCGUCCCUCCGGAGGGGGAGGAGGGCAACGAGGAGCUCCGGCAGAAAUUUGAGAGAGCUAAAAUUGGUCCAGGCAAGAACACAGAGGGCAAGUCGGCCAAUGCUGCGUCCCGCUUCGACUCCAACGGCAACCAAGAUCGCAUGAAGCUGGCUGACUUCAACUUCUUGAUGGUGCUGGGAAAGGGCAGCUUCGGCAAGGUGAUGUUGGCGGAACGUAAGGGGACGGAGGAGCUGUACGCAGUAAAGAUCCUGAAGAAGGAUGUAGUCAUUCAGGAUGAUGAUGUGGAGUGCACCAUGGUGGAGAAGAGAGUGUUGGCGCUGGCUGGAAAACCCCCGUUCUUGACACAACUGCACUCCACCUUCCAGACUAUGGACCGUUUGUAUUUUGUCAUGGAGUACAUAAACGGUGGAGAUCUCAUGUAUCAGAUUCAGCAGGUUGGCAAGUUCAAAGAGCCACAUGCUCCUCCAUUUGACGGUGAGGAUGAGGAUGAGUUAUUUCAGUCAAUCAUGGAGCAUCACGUCUCCUAUCCAAAGUCGAUGUCCAAGGAAGCUGUCGCUAUCUGUAAAGGGCUGAUGACGAAGCAUCCAGCGAAACGGCUCGGCUGCGGUCCGGAGGGGGAGCGAGACAUCAGGGAGCACAGCUUCUUCCGUUACAUGGACUGGGAGAAACUAGAGAACAAGGAGGUGCAGCCGCCAUUCAAACCCAGAGCUUGCGGACGGGAUGCUGAGAACUUUGACCGUUUUUUCACGCGCCACCCGCCCGUGCUGACCCCUCCCGAUGAGGAAGUGAUUCAGAACCUGGACCAGGACGAGUUCCAGGGAUUCUCCUUUAUCAACACGGGGUUCCCAGCAGCUGCUGCCACCCCCACUGCUGCCGAGCAGGCUUGAUUUCCGCUCAUGCACACAUGACACAUAGACACACUCACAUAAAACACACAAAAUCAUUCCUGUACCUUGGAAUAUACACAUACACACUUAAUAUAUCCCAGAAAUGUUUUGUGUUGUCACAAUCACUUCGAAGCCACGACCUAAACACACACACACACACACACACACACACACACACACACACACACACAUACAUUUGUUGUUCACACUGUUGCAACCUGGGUCCUACUUUUGCCUCCCGUCAGUGUGCGGUGAAAAGCUAUGAAACUAAAUAGAGAAUGUUGUGUUCUUGUGAAAAUAAUUCCUCAAGAACAACCUCGAGGGAAUUUCUUCGAACUUUGUGCAAAUGUUACAGCGAGGGUGAACUGAUUUAAUGUCAAAGGUCACGGUGACCUCAUAGGAGUGUAGAAAGAAAUAUAUAUGUCUAAAACUGCACUGAUGCACUCAUCUCAUGCUUCCACCUGAUCAAAAUGUUUCUAUGAGCUGGUUUUAUUUGCCCUGAACUUUCGGUAAGCAUUGAUGUGAGAUGCUCUUACUGCUAAAACUCAGUGUGUAUGAUAAUGUACAUGAAACUAAACAACAUCUGAGGUUAAUGAGGAGACGCAUGUUUUCACCCGGUUUUGUUUACGGUGUGAACAAAAAGUGUUUGUGUGUAUUUCGCCAAACGUAACUGGAAUCAGUGUUAUGAGAUUAACAACGAACUUAUACAGUUUCAUUAAAUGUCAGAUUUGCCGUGAGGGACAAAGAUGUUUGGAUAAUAAAAGUAGCGUUGUAAGAAUGCAUAAUUAAAAAGAAUAGACAAAAAGAAGUCAGUGACCCAAUGGUAGAAUUAAGUCAUGAUUCCUUCAGCAUUCCUCCUUUUACAUGUAACAUAGUUUCAUCUUUAACUUUUUUCAUUCUUGGGCUCUUCCAGCGAGUUAGUUAGGCCUGUUCUUCUGCUCUGCUUUUUAUCCAAUGUAUAAUAACAAUAGUUGUGUCUCUUUAUCCUUAACUUAGCUAAAACUGGAAUGCUUGACAUACUGUGCAUGAGUUUCUAUAUUAGUAACAGCCAAAGACUUGUUCUCCCAACCACAGUUUAGCAUCACAUCUCAGCACCUCGCCGAUCUUUCUCGUUUUAAGUAUUAAAAGAAAACAUUGGAAUAUAUUUUUACCCAAUGAGACAAACGGGGUAAGAUCAGAGUUGUGCCACAAAUAUAUAAACACAGAUAUCAGAUUGAAUGUGUGUGUUUUGCCAGUCAUGAUGGUAAAAUGCUGUUGGGAAGUGUCGUCUUUGUUUGAGCUUUGAGUUAAAUAGAAAAUUAUAACUUCUUACUCUAAUUUUCUGUUAUCUAGUAUUUGAGCAAUGAGAGACUGCAGCAGUUAGUUUCUUUGUGUUUUACAAAAGCAUGAUUCCAAUACCUGGGCAUUUGUUUACCAUGUGUGUUUAUGUGAGAGCGUGCACUUCUUGCACGUGUCCAUAUCUUCCCAGCUCCUUGUGUUUACGUCUGUUUGUGUGGUGAAUGUCAGCCCCCCCCCACUCCCACUGUCUAUCUAACAGUCUUUUAAAGAUCCACUUCACUUCCAGUGGCUUCAGAGAGAUACGAUCAGGAGAAAUAAAUCAAUUAGAAAAAUAAUAAUCAUCUAUGUAUGUGUUCGAAUCGACACCGAUAGUCCACGCAAAGCACCUUUCAAGGGAUGUAGGGAACCCCCCCGGGCAAAAGAAUCAAACCAUAUCAAAACAUCCCAGACGAUCUAGUCUUCAAUUAAACCUCUGAAAUGAAGCUCUUCUGCAGAGAGCUUGUGGCUCAACGGUGUUUCCGACCUUGUUGUCGUUGCAGUUUCCUGUACAUGGCUGAUCACAGAAUUUAAGUUAAUUUUGUUGCUGUGGACUAACAUUAGAAGCUGCUCUCAGAGGCUCCCUCUCAGCUCAGGGCCACAGACAUUUACCUGCUUUGCCCCCCCCCUGUUGCAACACCCCUGACUGCUGGUGAGAGUUUUCGUGUUGUGAAGGUGAGCUGAGCAUGCCGCCCUACUUUUUUCAUUUAAAUACCAGAUCAUGUGGGAAAAGGAUUCGAGGCUCGACUCACUGUGUUGGUUUCUUUCUCGUAGCCUUCUGCAUCCGCAAUAAUAAUUUCCAUCCUGACCACAGCGGCCGUAAAUGUGGACACAGGUUAUCGCUGGGCUUCUGCAGCAGGAACAUGUCUGUGUUGUGUCUUUUGUUUUCCUUAGCCAGCAAUAAUCUCGUUAACAGGAGAAGGGAGUGAAAUAUCGGAACUGGACACACUGUAGGAUUGACUCAGGUUAUAGGAGUGUAACUGAUUCACGUACAAAGUCUAUGAGGUUAUGAAGCUUAUGAAACAUUUUCAUCUCAGCCGGAGACAGAAGUGCAGCUAAAAUUGUCUGGAAGUACCUGGUGUCCUUCCUCCUCCUCUUCAUCACAGAGGGACAUCAGGGGACUGUGAUUUAGAACUUUCAGGUCAGUAGUAGUGGGAUAAAGUUUUCUACAUGUUUACAGCUGAAGACGUCUGUUGUGGUUAUUUUUAUAGCACAGCAGGAGUUAGAGGUGUUCAGGGGUCCGUUUAGUUCUGAGGACCCAAAGUUUGACUGUUGUCAGAUCUGUGUCAGGAUGAAUCUACUCUGGUUUCAAGAAGAAAAUCUUUUUGAAAUUGAUUUCUAUGAUUUUAGAUGCGUUCAUUGGACAUUAUUGUUGUACUCGUGCUCUUUUUGACUGCAGUUACUUCAUGACAAGCAUUCAGUGUUGGUUCUCUCUCUCUCUCUCUCUCUCUGUGUUUGGGUAAACAAUGUUCUGGAUCAGGUGCGACUGAGCUCAGGUCACAUUCGGAUCAGAUCUGUUUUCUUUCCGUCUGCACAAUUAGGUCCGGACCUUCUCCAGAGUUUGCUUUUCACACAUGAACAAUUCAGCAGGAGAUUCCCCUCAGACGAGUUCACUAGCUCGCAGUGAUCAAGAUCUCCUGCUGUGUUCUCACUUGAGCUUACGGAGAAUGUCCGGAAAUUACCCAGAGUUCAGUGCUUGUCUGAGAGCAAGGGUCAAACUGACAAGAAUGGGAAUCACUAUCUCCGCUACUAUGAAACUGAUUAUUGUGAAUAUAAUAUAUCUAUACUCUAUCUAAAUUUAAUUAUGAUUAUUUCACAAUAGAAGUGUUUGAAUUUUUGAAGGAAUUUCUUCUUUUUAGCUUUAUUACAGAAGCUAAACAUGCUCACAUAUCUGAUAGUUCCAGUGAUCACUUUCCAUCAACUACAGUUUAGAGUAAAAACACAGAGCUAUUGAUUUCUGAUGUGAAUAUUUCCACAUACGAGUCAAACUGAUGGAUGAGUUCAGCAGCUGUGUUUCACAUUUCAUUCACAAUGUGAAAGUAACCGUUGACGACGUACAGCUCAUUCCUUGUCCAUUAUAAUUGUGUCGGUGUUCAUUACAAUGUCCCCCUGUGUUAUAAUAGUCAAAAUACCUAUAUCUAUAUACACAUAAUCAUAAACUGUGUCAAAUGUUGAUAUACACAUAUUAUAUACACUAUCAGUAUUAUAAACGACUAGAGGAAUAGAAGUCUUACUCCAGGAUUUGUGCUUUUGUCUCUAUGAUUCCUUCCUGCUGAAGGAGAAGCAAAAUGAAAUCUGCAUGACGACUGUUUUUGUUUGACCUUUUUACUAGUUAGGAUUUAUAUACAUCUAAACAUAUUAGGGUGAUACAUGUUUUCUGUGAGCGGUGCUUCAAAAGUGUGAUCCGAGCUGAAAAUAAUGAAAUGUGUAAAAAAGGACUAAUGCUUCUCACAGUGCUUUCCAUGUGCUAUUGUUGUUUUCCAGGAAAAACAGGUAUACCUAAAAUAAAGGAUUUAAAAGAGAA